AUGGAACAAAAUAAUAAGUUAAGAGUCGCCAAGUUGAAGAAAGAGCGUCUUCGUAAGUCAUUGGUGAAGGCCAAGUCUCAAGCCUCUAAUAUAUUGUCCUUCACGCUAUUAUGGGAAGAUCUUGAAUCUCAUUUUCAGUCAAUUGAAUCGGAUCUUGUGAAGAGGUCACAAGAGAUAGACUCAAAGGAGGAACAGCUGGAGAAGUGGUCACAUGUGUUAAAGUCAAAGGGAAAAAUUCUGGAGAAAAGGGCUCGAGAGAUGGAAUCAGCUGCAGAGUUCACAAGACAUGUUGAAGAAAAUCAGAAGAAACUGGACAGGCUAAAGAUAGAGAUCGAAUCUGAGGAAAAGAAACGUUUUCUGCUUCAGAAAUUGAACCGAGGUCGUAAGCUUGAACUAAAGUGGACAAGAGAGCAAGUAAAAGCGGUGCAGAAUCAUGAGAUGAACCGGGAGGUUGGACCUUUCAAAGAAAACAAGAGCUACAAGGAGACGUCGGAGGAGCUACAGGUUCUACAGAAGAAGUACGAGGAGGUCUUGAAGAAAAGCAAGUUGGCUGAGAAGAAACUAAAAGAUUGUACCAGAGAUCUUGCACAGAGAGAAGGAGAGCUUCAGUGGGCGAAUAUGCAAUCGAAAAAGCGUUAUGUGGAACUGGAGUGGGCAAAAAGAAAGACUAAUUUGGAAAAGAGCAAACUGAAUGUGUGGCGCAGACGUAACAAGGAAGCAGAAAGGAAGCUGCAGCACUUGGACAGAGCACUAGAGGAGAAACAGAAAGAGGUUGAUUUGAUUGAGAAGAGACUCGGUGAAUGCAGGAACGUGAAGGCAAGGAUAAACAGAGAUACCAGUGGAGAUGAAAGUAGCUUAAAGAGAGCAAAUAUGUAA